CACGCCAGUCUGGCGGUGGAUUUCGGAUUAGAUGGUGAUGGAGCAGGACAUUGACGUGAUCAGUGACUCGAGUGAGGCCAGUUUUGGCAGUGAGAGGGAUGUUAGUGAAAGGAUUAGCCAUGUGGACGUUGACACGUGUCGGAAUUCUUCGUUGGACGACCCAAGAAAGGACUUUGGCUGCAAGAGGAAGACUUUUUCAAUUGAUGAUAUUUUGGGACUAAAGAAGGAGAGUAGUAGAAGAAGUUCGGUUGAUGAUCAGUGGCGGUACAAGGAUCAGGAUAGUUCCCGAGUGCCGAGCAGUUGGCCAACGGCGGCAUUUCUGUACCCUGCUGGGUGGAUACAUCACCAUCAACACCAUAACCAUCAUCAGACGGACUCGGUCAACGGCUUCCCAAGUUCAGAUUUAUAUCAGAAAAUAGGUGCAAAACGGCGAAAGCAGGGCAAUGACCGAAAACCCCGGCAAGCAUACAGUGCAAAACAGCUAGAAAGGCUCGAAACCGAAUUCAAGCAGGACAAGUACCUCUCCGUCAGCAAACGGCUCGAGCUGUCCAAGAGUCUCAGCCUGACCGAGGUGCAGAUCAAAACGUGGUUCCAGAACCGGCGGACCAAGUGGAAAAAGCAGCUUACGUCCCGGCUCAAGAUCGCCCACCGGCAGGGUCUGUACGGGGGAGCCCUUGCCGGUCAGCAUCACCACUUUAUCAACGCGGCCGCCGUUAGCUUUCCGUUUCUUCCGGCGGCGGCCGGUUUUCUGCCCACCACCGGUCCGGCGAUCCUUAACUUUAGCGUGCCGGAACUGACUGACAAGAGUAAGGUUAAGGUUGAUUUGAGUGAAUAAAACAGAGUUUUAGAUGAUUUUUUUGUGUUAUUAUUUUGGU